UGAUUAACGAAAUUUUCUCCGCUCAAAUAUGCUCCAAUUUUGUUGCUCCUAUUCAAAGUUAUUGUCAAUCUGUAUCUUAUUUCAUUUGUUCUCAGACUCUUAUUCACACACUUAUCUGGUCAAGCCGUGGUUCCUGAGUGGCGCAUGUCUGCCGUUCAUCUUCAAGAUGGGACCAAGGAUUGAGUCUGACCAGCGAAACCACGAGAAGUUGACUGAUGAGGUUUCAUUUAGAAAAAGGUAUAUCGAUACGGGCCAUGGGCUAGGCUCUGAGGGAAUACAUGUUGCUUCGUUUCCCUUCGUUGUUUCUCCAGGUCUCCUUUUGUUUUCCAACCUCUGAUCCUCUCAUUUCUCACUCACGAUCCGACCACCCACUCACACCUAGGGUCGCUUGCGCACUGUACUGCACGGUACGAUUCCAGAUCACCCACGCGCUGUUUUGAGGUGGGCGACUGACUUGGCAGGGCCUGCUUGUGCCACGGCCCUAAUAACAGUAAUCAGUUUCGAUCAACGAUUGUUACUUUGGCAGAAUCUUUCAACUAUGCUUUUGUGGGUGGUUCUUAGGUUUGUUGAAUUCUGCUGGUGAUGACUGAACACGUCCAUAUAGGCUCAUGGAUCCUCCACCUCAGACUGUUACAAAGAUUGGAAGAUGAACUGACUUUGCCUCACCAAGUAUGAAUUGCAAAGAAGCGGUCUCGCUAUCAUAGAAAAAGGCUUAAUCUUCCCCUCUUUUCCCCUCCCAAUCCCUCCUGAAAUCGGUUUCUCAAGUCCCCUCAUUUCCUAGCCGUGAACUGCGCCUUAUCCAGUCGCCCUACAUGCCAUGUGCUUCUCGGUCGCUCUUCUUCCCCUGUCGUGAACUCCCCACAUUGAUGGAGAACGGGGCCGGUGGCGAAUAGUUUGUCGUGCUGCAGGUUACAGGAAGUCAAUUCUGCCUCGGAUUACUCACAUUAUCUCUCGUGAAAAGUGUCUUUUGCUGGCUGGUCAGCCAAGUCAUUCGUGGGUGGAAGUGGACGUGAGGGUAAGCAAUCCAUGGACAGGGCUGGGCCAACCAUCUGUGAUGGUUGCAGAUCUGUCUCGCCCCAAAAGGCAAAAGACCUUCUCCUACCCAACAUGAUCGACGUGUAAUUGCCGUUCAUUAACUUUUGAACCAUUGACGCCCUGAGACUUUGGGAGAAAACGCAUCUCGUAUAAUUGAUAAAUAAGACAGUCCCAAUCCCAGCAGGUCCUGAGGAUCGAAC